UCGAUUGUUGCCAGUUUGGGGCAGAAUCGGACAUUCUCCAAGUCAUUCCGAUAUGACGGCGUCCACGGCAAGGCAGGCGACGUUGCUGCUUCUCCUGACGCUUCAGGUGGGGGUACAGCCGCUGCUCAUGGGCUGGUACGCGAGUGAGGCGCGUGACGUUCGUCUGCGUGUGGGGGUUGUGGAGUUCCUGAAGUUGUUGCUGGCACUAGUGCCUCUCAGUCUCACACGUGGGGAAGGCGGGCUGCUCAACCAACUCAAGACGUGGAAACUACGCGCCGCCUUGGCCACGACAGUUUUUCCAGCACUCAUUUACGUACUGCAGAACCUACUGAACCAUGCGGCCGUGGUGGCACUGGAUGGUGUGACAUUCAACGUGCUGAAUCAGACCAAGAUCAUCUGGACAGCGCUGCUCGUGUACCUGUUACUGGGCACGCGUCAGUCUCCGCUCCAGCUCGUGGCACUGACACUGCUCUGCGUAGCUGCAGUGCUGAUGACGACGUCAUCUAUAGACCCAGAGGAUGAUGAGCAGCGUGAGACGGACGCCGUCGUGUUCACCGGAAUGUACCAGGCAUUGCUAGGCGCCGUGCUAUCUGCUUUAGCCGGGAGUAUCAUCCAGAGAGCCUUACAGCGAGAGAAACGUAACCAGUACAUGGUUACAGUGGAGCUCAGUGUAUUGGGUGAGAUGACGCUCUUGACGCUGGCCUUUGUACAGGACGGACUCUUGACAAGGGACGGAGACUCGCAGGACGGUAUGUGGGACGGCUGGAGCGUCAUGACGCUAGCUGCACUCAUGUGUCAAGCACUAGGAGGAGUGUUGGUGGGCUUCGUGAUUCGAGACUGCGGUAAUGUGGAGAAAAGCUUUGCCGUUGUUGGAGGUAUGGGACUUACAGCGCUGCUGGAGGCCCAUUUCAACGGCAAACCAUUUGGUCACAACGCGCUGGUGGCAAUGGCUCUUGUGGCUAUCAGUACGGCGUUGUACACACUUAAUCCGCCUACUGUGUCAGUAGAAGAGAAACCGGCUUCUCUCGUACCUGAAGUUCCUGUGUCAACUUCGAACGUGGGGCAUUCGAAGAAGAAAAUGAGUGCCGAUACCAGUGAACUGGAGCCGUUCUUGGCACGUCCGACUGUCGUCACAGUCAGUAGCAAUAGUGUACAUACCAGCAGCUCUUCUCGACAGGAGAUGCGGAGACCAGUGCGGCAACUGCAGCCUCUAAAGGAGAUACCACUUGCUCGACGGGAGCUGGAAGCGAUCGUGUAAAUUCACUAAAGUAUCAACAUAUUCACUCUAUUUCUCACUCCCGAGUCUUUAGCUAAGCUGGAUUGCCUGCUGCAUUGACCGCGUGAGCGUAGCGCCAGACAAGUCAUCGAGCUCCUCAGUCUUCCACAGUGCACCAACGUGGCCAUCAGGGCGCACAAGAGCGGCCGCCUUGUUGUUCAUGAAGCUGGUCCAUGCGUUGUUAUCGUAUUCAAGAACAUGCCACGAGAACACCGAGCUGAACAUCAAGGAUUUCUGAACAUCCUCAAUAGUAGAAUCCACGCUCGCCGAGCCGUCAGCACUGGAGCGCAGCACAACGAGAGAAAUAUGCUUCGCCACUGCUGGUGAGCCAGAAGACAAGCAGGAUUUAAUCGCCUUUGCAGCAUCACGGCCACCAACGACGAGAACAAACUGCACGUUGCUGGAUUUUCCACUCUGCAGAGCAAGACGAAUCAUGUCAUGAGUGGACACCUUCUCGUUCUCACUAGAGCACCAGAAGUGAGGGAACCGCUCGCCUACGCGGAAUGUUGGAGAGUAGAUGAUGUUAUCACCAUCGCCAACUUCAGUUCGGAACUCCACAGACUUGUCUAAAGCCGAGUCUUCCAUGAGUUUCUUUGCACGCGUCGCCCACGAAGCUGCGUCGUAUGAAAAUCCAAUGUCAAAGUGGUAAAACAUCAUGCCCAGUGUCUUACGACGUGUCACGAUUUCUUGUACGCUGGAGCGCAUGCGAUUACCCAAUGAACUGCCCGCUCCACCAGCAUCCUUGGCUUCGUCUAACAAACCUAGCGGCAUCUUUCCCACACGCAUAACACGCUGAGCAAUUUCCCGCUGGGCUCGCAGUGGAAGAAGUUGCAUUGGUGCCGAGUUGAUGAUCUUCGCCAAGGUCUGCGCGUUGUCGUGGGAUACGUUAAGUGCUCGUGGAAUCUUCAUGGUUCGAGCCACAUUGCUCAGACUGAACUGCGUGUUUAUCUUCGCGAUAAGUUGGCGUUCACGGCCGUACGACUUCAGCAGUGCUUCAGUGUUGAUGCCAUCAGCGUCAGUCGAGUUCUCAGCGUUCGAUUGGAUCGCCAUAGCAAGUUUCCAGACCAGAUUGUGUGCAUCUUGCAGCCCCGUGUUCAUGCCAAAGCCUCCUGCUGGAGGGAACUGGUGCGCAGCAUCACCCACGAGGAAUACGCGUUGGUUGCCAGCGUCGUAUUGCUUUGCCACUCGAGCUCCCAUUCUCCACUGUCCAGCUGACAGAAUGUUGAUGUCGUCGUCGCUGAUUUUGACGUUCUUGGGCAGGAUAUGGCGCACUAUGUCCCUACAUUGGGCAGUUGAAAAGUCCCAAGGGAUCGACUCCUGUGGAGGGAAGAAUGGGAUCUGGAAGACCCACUCGCCUUGGUUGAAAUCAUGGGCGAUCAGAAUGCCGACCACUUCCUUGUUGAACACAAAGUACAGCAUAGCCGGGUUUUCGCGUGCAGCUUCUGACAAGGCCUUGCUCGUGAAGUGAACGUUGGCGAUACUUUGAAGGUUGCGCGUCCCAACCAUGUCAAUGCCGCAGAGUUGACGAAUCAGGCUGUGUGCACCAUCAGCUCCCACAACAUAGUCGUAAGUCUCCUGCUCGAGUGCGUUGGUAUCCCUAUCAAGUAUUCAAACACAACGUCGUCCUUAAUCAAUUCGUGAGUCAAACCAACGACAUCACUCCAAAACAAACUUACAUGUGGCGCAGCGUCACUUGUGUUGUGGCAGAACUGUCCAUUGGUAAUUUGAGACCCUCGAGUUCGACGCCACGUUCCACACGGACGUUGUUUUCAGCCAGAAACUCGUCCAGCAGCGUUUCGAAGCGGUUCUGCGGGAAGUGCAGGAACUGUGUCGGUGACAACGCUGCUAAGGACUUCCGUAGACUGUCACCAGUAGCCAUUGCCUGCUUAACCGUAUCACGUGGGAUACCUUCACACCAAAUGCAAGCUCAGUCUCACUUCCUAUCACCAUUCCAAUCCGUCGUCACUUACAGGGACCGAAUUGAUCAACACGCGCAAUUUCUCGAGCUUUACCCACUCCCGUGCAGUAAAUGUAGUCGCGCCACUAUUCACACACAACGUCCAUAACUCAGUUGACACACAUUGAC